GCUACGGGCACUUCAUAUCCACCAUCACCUCGACGUCGUUCGUCUAUGGAGCAUUAUUCGAGCAUACCACCAAGGCCACAGUCAACUAUCUGCCCUUCUACGUCACCUUGGUUAAUGCCGGUGGCACAAUCAUCGCCUAUGAGACAGCCAACACCAACGCCAACAUCCAAUCGGGAUACUUCAAGCUUUCUAUAUGAGCCACCCAGACGUAACGAUUAUUCAUCGCGAACGCCCAUGAAUAGCACACGCUAUAGAGGUCUACCAGGGCAGCCAUUUAAGAUGCCGGGCCUAGCACCACAAGCAAUGGCUACGCAAUGGAUUACGCCACCAGGCAGGAUGCCAUUCCCAUUUUUACAACAAUCAUCGUUGGGCCAGCCUAGGGAUAGUAUUCAACAUAGCCAUUGGGACCCAUCAUUACGUCCACCGGAUAUUGAACGACCCAUGACGUACUCCCAAAAAGAAGAGCUUGCCUGCCCAACAGAAAGUCCGAAUUUGCCUUGUGAGGGUGCCGAAAGCAAUGAGGAAAAGUUUACAGCACCACCACCGCGUUGUAGGGAACUUGACCCCGAAAUAAGGAAGAAACUAUCCAGCAAUUUGCCACCAUUCAAAAUACCACGCGGCUUGGAAGACGAUUUCGUUUGCAUUAAACGCCGCGAGCUGUGGGAGUCCUUAGUUAAAGAUCAAUAUUGCCCAGGCGCCAUACAAGCUACCAUCGAUGGCCAUGUAAACUUCAAUGCACUUGCCUACGAUAUUGUUUUUGGUGACUUUCGGCUGCCUGAUUGCUUGCCGCACUUAGAUCCGAUUUCUCUGCUCGAAGCGUUCUUUAUACGCAUCAAUUACGAACGCUGUCAAGUGAAGAAGUUGGAAGAAUUAACUUAUGCCAGUGCUGAUCCAGAUGAUGAACAAAAAACUCCACCAACAAGUGUUGACUGUUCCAUAAUUGAGAAGUGUUUUAAGCACAAACAUCCCACGGAGCUUAAUGCAGCGAUAGAGAAGCUUUUGAUAGCAGAAAAACUACAUGAUUUUGACAAACCAGAACCGGAAAUUCCAUUAAUGAAUUUGACAUUGGAUAAGUUAAGUACUGAUUUGCCAGGUACACCCAUAACCAUACAAACCUUCAUGGGGACCACAAAACCGCGCAAUCCAACUUGA